CACACAUUCUCUCUCUUACAUGCUUAUACUCACACACCCUCACGUAUGUUCACCCAGGUCCUCUCUUCUUCCUGUUUUUCACAAGUUCCUGCCUUUAUGGUGACGCUAGUGUUGUCGCAGGCUGGAAGGAGUUCAAGCUUCCCAUGAAUCCCUUGUUUAGGAUUCCUAACUAUAGGGCUGCGCUAAGGAAAGCUGAGAAGAGAGUUUUGAAAUCUCACAACACGUUUGUUGUGAAGACCGAGCUGACCAUGCUUUGGAGCUCAUUUCCUAGGUGUAGCUGACGUUGGGGGGUUGUAAAUUUGGCUUGGGAGGAGGUGAAAGCAGGGGGUGGAAGAGGAAACCCCAUUCACACACAGAUCAGAAGCACUCUGACACGCUGAGCAGAGAGAGCCUCCUCUAGUCCUUGGGGACGACUAGCUUCACAACCUUCUCCUGAUGGAACCCUAAACAUUCCCAGGAUUCCCAAAAGCUGCUGAAACACCCUCGGAAGAGGAGAUUUGGUUUAGUUAUGGAAUCACUGAGGGAAUCUAUUCUUCAUUUGACCUUUCAGAUGUCUAGUUACAAACGGGCCACACUGGAUGAAGAGGAGCUGUUGGACACCGGCUCGGAUGGGAUCUACCACACCUCUACCGUGCCGGUCGGGCUGCAGCGUGGUCUUGGUCUCCGGUGCUGGGCGGAGAAAACCCAUGUUGAGAGGAAACUAGUGGUCAUCGUGUGCGCUCUGUCCGUGGCCCUGUUCAUCUGCAUCGUGUCUUUGGGUCUGCGCUAUAAAGGAUCUCAUCCUGGAAUGUGCCUGUCAGAGCCUUGUGUUAGUGUGGCAAGUACAGUUAUGGGGUCCCUCGAUCGGUCGGUGGACCCCUGCCAGGAUUUCUACAACUUUGCAUGCGGGGGCUGGAUGAGGAAAAACCCGCUGCCUGAGGGCAAGUCCCGCUGGGGUCCUUUCAGCAACCUGUGGGAACACAACAUGGCCGUCAUGAAGAACUUAUUAGAGAACACCAGCAUGAAGAGCCUGACCAAAGCGGAGGAAAAAGCCCAGUGGUAUUACCAAGCUUGUAUGAACGAGAGCAAAAUCGAAGAGCUUGGGGCAAAACCACUUCAAGAUCUCAUCAAUCAGACAGGAGGUUGGGGCUUGAAAGACCCGUGGGAGAAAGAUAACUUCCAGGAGGUUUUACGGACUGUGUCAGCCAACUUCCGAACCUCCCCCUUUUUCACUGUUUUUGUCAGCACAGACUCAAAAAGCUCCAACAGCAACAUCAUCCAGGUGGAUCAGUCAGGAUUGGGACUUCCCUCUAGGGAAUACUAUCUCAAUAAGACAGCCAAUGAAAAGUAUUUAAAAGCAUAUUUGAACUUCUUGGUGGAGCUCGGGAUUCUUUUGGGCGGAUCAGAGGAGACCUCUCAAAAGAUGAUGCUGGAGAUCAUAGACUUUGAAACGGCUCUGGCAAACAUCACGGUCCCUCAGGAAAAUCGACGUGACGAGAUGAAAAUUUACCAUAAAAUCCAAGUCAAAGAGUUAGCUACGUUGGCACCGGCAGUGGACUGGAUUCCUUUCCUCUCUGCAGUGUUCGCCCCUGUUGCCCUAAAUGACUCUGAACCGGUGGUUGUAUACGCUAAAGAAUACCUCCAGAAAGUCUCUGAGCUCAUCAGCAACGCCAACAAGAGUGUCUUGAAUAACUACAUGAUCAUGAAAGUGGUGCGGAAAAUGGUGUCCAUCUUAGACCAGAGGUUCCAAGAUGCGGAGCAGCGCUUCCUUGAAGUCAUGUACGGCACCAAGAAGAGCUGCACGCCACGCUGGAAACUUUGCGUCAGCGACACGGACAGCGCUCUGGGCUUUGCUCUCGGGGCGCUCUUUGUCAAAGCUACUUUUUCAGAAGACAGCAAAGCUUUUGUUGAAGAUAUGGUCUCAGAGAUCAAAUGGGCCUUUGAAGACAGUCUGAAGACUGUCGGAUGGAUGGAUCCCGAGACCAAAAAAGCCGCCAAAGAAAAGGCAGAUGCAAUAUACAACAUGGUUGGUUAUCCAAAAUUUAUUAUGAACCCCAAAGAACUGGACAAGGUGUUUAAUGAUUUUGAUGUUGUUUCAGAGCUUUACUUUCAAAACGUCAUGAAUUAUUACAACUUCUCUGCACGAGUGACGGCUGAUCAGUUGAGAAAAAUCCCAAACAGAGAUCAAUGGAGUAUGACUCCACCAACAGUUAAUGCCUACUACAACCCAACAAAGAAUGAGAUGGUACUUCCAGCAGGCAUUCUGCAGGCUCCCUUUUAUAACCAUGCUUGGCCAAAAGCAAUGAAUUUCGGUGGUAUAGGAGUGGUUAUGGGGCAUGAGCUCACCCAUGCCUUUGACGAUCAAGGAAGAGAGUAUGAUAAGGAUGGGAAUUUGCGUUCGUGGUGGCAAAAUUCUUCAGUGGACGCUUUUAAACUCCAGACCCAGUGCAUGGUGGAGCAGUACAGCAACUACAGUAUAUAUAAAGAACCUCUGAACGGGAAACACACUUUGGGAGAAAAUAUUGCUGACAACGGAGGCCUGAGGGCAGCUUAUAAGGCUUAUGUAAACUGGAUCGAGAAGAAUGGUGAGGAGGCUACCCUGCCUGCCCUUGGAAUGACCAAUCAUCAGCUGUUCUUUGUAGGAUUUGCUCAGGUGUGGUGUUCAGUUCGGACACCUGAAAGCUCUCACGAGGGCGUUAUCACUGACCCCCACAGUCCAUCACGUUUCCGGGUCAUUGGCACCGUCUCCAAUUCCCAUGAGUUCUCCAAGCACUUUGGCUGCAAGGCAGACUCACCCAUGAACCCCAAGCAGAAGUGUGAGCUGUGGUGACAGGGACUGAACCUGGAGCUGGAGCUGGAGCGAGCAAGGUGGUGAAGCGACCGCUGUUAUCACUCAAAACAUGCCAAACGUCCAUCUCAGGUUGCCUAAUCUAGACUGCCAGAUAAGGUGGUGGACUUAAAGUGGACUACAUGUUUUCCAGCAAUCAUUUGCCUCUUAAUGAGGAGUAGGUGUAAAUAAUGACUCCAUGGACAUCUAUAUAAUGGAGUUUUAUUCUUAUUCAAAACACUGGAAGUUAGUGGUUAAAUGUAAUUGCUACUUUUGCAAAUAUGUUUUCAAUACGUGCCUUUUUAGCAAAUGCUUUUAUUUUUCUAAUGGGAAAUAAUAUUUAUGUCCUCUGUA